GCUCAUUGUUGUCUGAUGGACUCAUUUCACAGACACAACCUACAGAGAACAGCACUGUGUGCCCUGCGAACACUCAAGACCAGCACUGUCAGUCCAUCUGAUGCCAUUGCAACACCUCUGCUUGAUGGGACGCCCAAGCAGUACUCUCCCAAAAUCCAACAGCUGGUCAAUGAUAUCGCCAACCUCACGCUCAUAGAAGUGUCUGACCUCAAUGAAUUACUAAAGAAAACUCUGAACAUUCAGGAUGUUGGAAUGAUGCCCAUGGGCUCAAUAGCAGCUGCUCCUGCUGCUGAGGCAGUAGAGGAGGAGUCGGCACCUGCACAGAAAGAGAAAACCCAUUUUACAAUCAAACUGACAGAAUUCAAAGUGGCUGACAAAGUGAAACUGAUUAAAGAAGUGAAGAAUUGCAUGGAGGGCCUGAAUCUUGUACAGGCCAAGAAGCUUGUAGAGUCUCUACCUCAGGAGAUCCGGGCGAAUGCGUUUAAAGACGAAGCAGAAAAACUGAAAGCAGCACUAGAAGCAGCAGGAGGCACUGUGGUGCUGGAGUGAAUGUCUGCGCUGGCCCUUCACUUGAUCACUUGUUACCUGUCAGUCAUCGUUUUGUUCUUUUUUACAAAAAAGGAAUUUGAAGAAAACAAAUAAUGCCUUUAAAAUGACCACUUGUUCCACAAGAGGUGGUCUGGGUGUUGAACUUACAGACUGAACUCUAAUAGGCUGUGAGCCUGCAAACACACCACCCAUCACUGACUCCUCCAUCUGUCCUUUAGCUACACAUGUGCUGUCCUGGGCAGGAUGGAUGGAGCUGGUCUGUCUCUGAUACUGGGGAUGUCCUGACAAAGGGAUGUGAUGCUAUUGCUUGUGGUUAAAUAAACAUGUUAUACC